GGCGUGAACCGGCACUUCCACAUGAUCUGCAUCAGGGACAAGUUCAGCCAGAACAUCGGCCGGCAGGUGCCGUCCAAGGUCAUCUGGGACCACCUGAGCACCAUGUACGACAUGCAGGCGCUGCAUGAGUCUGAGAUUCUUCCAUUCCCGAAUCCAGAGAGGAACUUCGUCCUUCCAGAAGAAAUCAUUCAAGAAGUCCGUGAAGGAAAAGUGAUCAUUGAAGAAGAAAUGAAGGAGGAAAUGAAAGAAGACAUGGACCCCCACAAUGGGGCCGAUGAUGUUUUUUCAUCUUCAGGAAGCUUGGGGAAAGCAACCGAAAAGUCCAGCAAAGACAGAGACAAGAACUCCUCAGACUUGGGGGCCAAGGAAGGGGCAGACAAGCGCAAGCGCAGCCGGGUCACCGACAAGGUCCUGACAGCCAACAGCAACCCCUCCAGCCCCAGUGCCGCCAAGCGGCGCCGAACUUAGAUGCUCCUCUAAAAAGGGUGGGCAGCCUUGGUAAUCAGGUCGUCAGGGGCCAGGUGCUCAACCCCUGCUGCAUGCCCAAGGGUCCCAGGGGCUCUGCUGCACCCACUCACCAUCUGGGGCUUGACAGACCUGAAACCAGGAUCACUGGCUCAGGUUGAGAGUUCACUUUGUGGUCCAUUCUGCUGCUCUUGGCAUCAGUGGCCUGAGCUACAGCCUGUGUGACAGACCUGGAGGAACGAGCCAUAACACCUGUUGUCCCUGCCUUCCCAGGAGCACCAGUCUUCCUGCUGGUCCAUCUGUCCGCCACUCUUGCUCAAGUGACUGUGACCUCAGGAGAAAGGCCACUGAGCCACACAUGGUGGACCCUCCAUCAGCACCUGAGAAACAGAACUGGGUAUUUGGCCUCAUUCACUUGUACUGUAACAAUGUAUAUAAUGUGGUUGAUAUUUCACUAUUUAAUUUCUAAGGAGCCUAUUUUACUAGUGUUUUAUAUGAAAACAAAAUACUGCAGAAGUUAAAAACCUGUGUUGUAUUUUUUCCGAGAUGUUUUGUUUUAAGGUAAUGACCGCUGAGAUAAUUUUUGCUCAGUUUUUAUAUGCCAGACACAGAGAAUUUGUGGUUAUUUUUGUAUUAUUGAGUAACUUACAAGCAGACUGAGUGGAGGGGAGGCCUGACGGGGGCUGAUGGCCAGGCCGAAGGACUGCAGAACAUUAAAGCACAGAAAAGCAA